AUGGAGGACGGACAGGUGGGAGUAAAAAAAUCAGAUGGUACGGUUACUGCAAAACACAAGGGGCCGACAGUGAAACCAGAAUUAAGGGCUCGAAAGAGAUGGCUCAAAGAUGGGAGCCCAAGCCCAAGGCAAGCUGACUUGUAUCUAGCUGGUGAAGUUGAUCUGCCUCCCAAGCUGCCGCUCUUCUUCCUGUACAUGAUGCAAAGUUCCAGGACCGCACGCUCAGAGGAGGACCGUGAAGGCCUCUGGGAUGCCUGGGGCCCUUGGAGUGAGUGCUCCCGCACCUGUGGUGGGGGUGCCUCCUACUCCCUGAGGCGCUGCCUGAGCAGCAAGAGCUGUGAAGGAAGAAAUAUUCGAUAUAGAACAUGCAGUAAUGUGGACUGUCCACCAGAAGCAGGUGAUUUUCGAGCUCAGCAGUGUUCUGCUCAUAACGAUGUCAAGUACCAUGGCCAGUUUUAUGAAUGGCUUCCUGUGUCCAAUGAUCCUGACAACCCAUGUUCACUCAAGUGUCAAGCCAAAGGAACCAGCCUGAUCGUUGAACUAGCACCAAAGGUCUUAGAUGGUACACGAUGCUAUACAGAAUCGCUGGAUAUGUGCAUCAGCGGCUUAUGCCAAAUUGUUGGCUGUGAUCAUCAGCUGGGAAGUACCGUCAAGGAGGAUAACUGUGGGGUCUGCAACGGAGAUGGGUCCACCUGCCGGCUGGUCCGAGGGCAGUAUAAAUCCCAGCUCUCUGCAACUAAAUUGGAUGACACCGUGGUUGCCAUACCUUAUGGAAGCAGACACAUCCGCCUCGUCUUGAAGGGGCCAGAUCAUUUGCAUCUGGAAACCAAGACGCUCCAGGGGACUAAAGGUGAAAAUAGUUUGAGCUCUACAGGCACUUUCCUUGUGGACAAUUCUACGGUGGACUUCCAGAAACUUCCAGACAAAGAGAUACUGAGGAUGGCUGGGCCACUGACAGCAGAUUUCAUCAUCAAGAUCCAUGACUCGGGGCCUGCAGACAGCACGGUCCAGUUCAUCUUCUACCAGCCUAUCAUCCACCGAUGGAGGGAAACGGACUUCUUUCCAUGCUCAGCAACCUGUGGAGGAGGUUACCAGCUGACGUCAGCUGAGUGCUAUGAUCUCCGGAGCAGCCGUGUGGUUGCUGACCAGUACUGUCACUACUAUCCAGAGAACAUCAAACCCAAACCCAAGCUUCAGGAAUGCAACUUGGAUCCUUGUCCAGCCAGUGACGGAUACAAGCAGAUCAUGCCUUAUGACCUCUACCAUCCCCUUCCUCGGUGGGAGGCCACCCCGUGGACCGCGUGCUCCUCCUCGUGUGGGGGGGGCAUCCAGAGCCGGGCAGUUUCCUGUGUGGAGGAGGACAUCCAGGGGCAUGUCACUUCAGUGGAAGAGUGGAAAUGCAUGUACACCCCUAAGAUGCCCAUCGUGCAGCCCUGCAACAUUUUUGACUGCCCUAAAUGGCUGGCACAGGAGUGGUCUCCGUGCACGGUGACAUGUGGCCAGGGCCUCAGGUACCGUGUGGUCCUCUGCAUUGACCACCGAGGAAUGCACACAGGAGGCUGCAGUGCGAAAACAAAGCCCCACAUAAAAGAAGAAUGCAUCAUACCCACGCCCUGCUACAAACCCAGAGAGAAACUUCCAGUAGAGGCCAAGCUGCCAUGGUUCAAGCAAGCCCAGGAGCUAGAGGAAGGAGCUGCUGUGUCUGAAGAGCCUUCGUUCAUUCCAGAAGCCUGGUCGGCCUGUACUGUCACCUGUGGUGUGGGGACCCAGAUGCGAGUAGUAAGAUGCCAGGUGCUCCUGUCUUUCUCUCAGUCUGUGGCUGACCUGCCUGUGGAUGAAUGUGAAGGGCCCAAGCCCGCGUCGCAGCGCGCCUGUUACGCAGGACCAUGCAAUGGGGAAAUUCCGGAGUUUCACCCAGAUAAUGCAGACGGACUCUUGGGUGACCUGCAGGACCUGGACGAGCUGUAUGACUGGGAAUAUGAGGGCUUCACCAAGUGCUCUGAGUCAUGUGGAGGAGGUGUCCAGGAGGCUGUGGUGAGCUGCCUGAACAAACAGACCCGGGAACUUGCUGAUGAGAACCUUUGUGUGACCAGCCGGCGGCCCCCACAGCUCCUGAAAUCCUGCAAUUUGGAUCCCUGCCCAGCAAGGUGGGAAAUUGGCAAGUGGAGCCCAUGUAGUCUCACCUGUGGGGUUGGCCUGCAGACCAGGGAUGUUGUCUGCUCCCACCUACUUUCAAGAGAGAUGAACGAGGUGGUUGUCCUGGCUGAUGAGCUGUGUCACCACCCCAAACCAAGCACAGUACAAGCCUGCAACCGCUUCAAUUGCCCCCCAGCCUGGUACCCUGCGCAAUGGCAGCUGUGUUCCAGGACCUGCGGAGGAGGAGUUCAGAAACGUGAUGUUCUUUGCAAACAGCGCAUGGCUGAUGGCAGCUUCCUGGAGCUUCCGGAGACCUUUUGUGCAGCCUCCAAACCAACCUCCCAGCAAGAAUGCAAGAAGGAUGACUGCCCCAGUGAGUGGCUUCUCUCAGACUGGUCAGAGUGCUCUGUGAGCUGCGGGGAGGGCACCCAGACUCGAAGUGCCAUUUGCCGGAGGGUGCUGAAAACCGGGGCCUCCACUGUGGUCAAUUCCACCCUGUGCCCUCCCCUGCCCUUCUCUUCCUCCAUCAGACCCUGCAUGCUGGCAACCUGUGCAAGGCCUGGAAGGCCUUCCACGAAGCACAGCCCUCACAUCGCAGCUGCACGUAAUAUAUACAUCCAGACCCGCAGGCAGAGGAAGCUGCAUUUCGUGGUGGGAGGAUUUGCUUAUCUGCUUCCCAAAACCACUGUGGUGCUCCGGUGUCCCACACGCAGAUUCCGCAAGCCCCUCAUCACCUGGGAGAAAGAUGGUCAGCACAGCAUCAGCUCUGCUCACGUCACAGUGGCCCCUUUUGGCUACCUGAAGAUCCAUCGCCUCAAGCCCUCAGAUGCCGGCAUCUACACCUGUUCUGCAGGGCCCGCCCGGGAGCAGUUUGUAAUUAAGCUCAUUGGAGGAAACCGCAAGCUUGUGGCCAGGCCCCUGAGCCUUUGGAGUGAGGAGGAAGAGGCCCUGCCGGUGAGGAAGGCCAAUCCGAAGGAGGUCUUGCAAACCCACAAACACCAAAAUGGUAUCUUCUCCAAUGGCAGCAAGGCUGAGAAGCGCGGCCUUACUGCCGACCCCGGGAACCGCUAUGAUGACAUUGUGUCUAGGCUGCUGGAGCAGGGCGGCUGGCCAGGAGAGCUCCUGGCCUCGUGGGAGGUGCAGGACUCCGCAGAAAGGAACGCAUCCUUUGAGGAGGACCCCAAUACUGAACAGGCUCUCUUGCAUCUGCCCUUCACCAUGGUGGCUGAGCAGAAGCGCCUGGAUGACAUCCUCAGGAACCUGUCCCAGCAGCCUGAGGAGCUACGAGACCUCUACAGCAAGCAUCUGGUGGCCCAGCUGGCCCAAGACAUCUUCCGCAGUCACCUGGAGAAUCAAGACAUGCUUCACAAGCCCUCUGAGCAGAGGUUUCCUCCCGUGGCCAUCCCACCUCAUAAACACGUCUCUAGCUUCAGCAGCUCCCUAAGGAGCUCCUCUGGGGAAGCUGGGAGUGGCUCCCGCAGGCCUCACCGCAAGCCCACCAUCUUGCGAAAGAUCUCAGCGGCACAGCAGCUUUCGGCCUCCGAGGUGGUCACCCACCUGGGGCAGACUGUGGCUCUAGCCAGCGGGACCCUGAGUGUGCUUCUGCACUGUGAGGCAGUAGGCAACCCAAGGCCUACCAUCCACUGGACCAAGAAUGGAGAAGCGGUUCAGUUCAGUGACAGGAUUCUUCUACAGCCGGAUGACUCCUUACAGAUCUUGGCACCAGUGGAAGCUGAUGUGGGUUUCUAUACUUGCAAUGCCACAAAUGCCUUGGGAUACGACUCUGUCUCCAUUGCUGUCACACUAGCAGGAAAGCCACUAGUGAAAACAUCUCGAAUGACUGUGCUCAACACAGAGAAGCCUGCAGUCAUGGUGGAUAUCGGUGGCACCAUCAGAACAGUGCGAGGAGUGAAUGUGACGAUUAACUGCCAAGUGGCAGGUGUGCCUGAAGCUGAAGUCACUUGGUUCAGAAAUAAAAGCAAACUGGGCUCCUCCCAGCAUCUGCAUGAGGGCUCCUUGCUGCUCACAAACGUGUCCUUCUCUGAUCAGGGCCUAUAUUCCUGCAGGGCAGCCAAUCUUCAUGGAGAGCAGACUGAGGGGACACAGCUCCUGAUUCUAGAUCCCCCCCAAGUCCCCACACAGUUGGAAGACAUCAGGGCCUUGCUCUUAGCCACUGGACCGAACCUUCCUUCAGUGCUGAUGUCUCCUCUGGGAACACAGCUGGUCCUGGAUCCUGGGAAUUCAGCUCUCCUUGGCUGCCCCAUCAAAGGUCACCCCACCCCCAAUAUCACCUGGUUCCAAAAUGGCCGGCCAAUUGCCACUGCCCCGGGGCUCACCCACCACAUCUGGGGAGCUGGGCAGAUCCUCCGGGUUGCAAAUCUCAGUGGAGGGCCUCAAGGGGAGUUCAGCUGCCUGGCUCAGAAUGAAGCCGGAACGCUCAUGCAGAAAGCAUCUUUGGUGAUCCAAGAUUACUGGUGGUCUGUGGACAGACUGGCCACCUGCUCGGCAUCUUGUGGUAACAGAGGGGUUCAUCAGCCCCGCCUCAGGUGUUUGCUGAACAACACGGAGGUUGACCCUGAGCACUGUGCGGGAAAGCCUCGGCCUGCCGUUCAGCCUGUUGCCUGCAACCGCAGAGACUGCCCUUCUCGGUGGAUGGUGACUUCCUGGUCUGCCUGUACCCGGAGCUGUGGUGGAGGUGUCCAGACCCGGCGGGUGACCUGUCAGAAGUUGAAAGCUUCUGGGAUCUCUACUCCAGUGUCCAACGACAUGUGCACCCAACUGGCCAAACGGCCUGUGGACACCCAAGCCUGUAACCAACAGCUGUGUGUGGAAUGGGCUUUCUCCAGCUGGGGCCAGUGCAAUGGGCCUUGCAUAGGCCCUCGCCUCGCUGUGCAACACAGACAAGUCUUUUGCCAGACCCGGGAUGGCAUCACCUUACCAUCAGAGCAGUGCAGUGCUCUCCCCAGGCCUGUGAGCACCCAAAACUGCUGGUCAGAGGCCUGCAGUGUACACUGGAGGGUCAGCCUAUGGACCCUGUGCACAGCGACCUGUGGCAACUAUGGCUUCCAGUCCCGACGGGUAGAGUGUGUUCACGCCCGCACCAACAAGGCUGUGCCUGAGCACCUGUGUUCCUGGGGGCCCCGGCCCGCCAACUGGCAGCGCUGCAACAUCACUCCAUGUGAAAACACUGAGUGCAGAGACACCACCAGGUACUGCGAGAAGGUGAGACAGUUGAAACUCUGCCAGCUCGGCCAGUUCCGAUCUCGCUGCUGUGGAACAUGUGGCAAGGCAUGAAGACAGGGCACAGGGAUGAACUCUGCCCUGGCCACACAAAGGACUCAUACAGCCACCCUUGAACAUGA